AGGAAGUUCUCUAAUCAAAGUCGGGUUUGAAAAAAACAGAUAUAUGGUACUUAAUUAACUAUAUAAACAGAGCUUUCUCCUCGUUCAAGAACCCAAAUAUCCUAUCCUGUUAAAUUUCUAUCUCGAACUAAUCAUCCGUCCCUGGGAGUCUCGUUGGUUAGUGGUGAUCAACAAUAACCUAAUUUUUCAGUGCCGCCAACCCGACUUGAAUUCGACAAAGCUCAAUGGCUCCGAGAACAAAAUCAAAACUGUCAACAACCAAGACAAUCAUAUCGGCCCUCGGGACCGUGGCUGCCACAGCCAUGGUAGCUCGAAGCUUAGCCCAGGAUUACUUGCCCUCUGAGGUGAAAGACUACUUAAAAUCCGGUCUCGAAAGCUUUUUAAGCCGAUUCAACAAUGAAGUGACCAUGGUGAUCAAUGAGUACGAGGGCUAUGAAAACAAUGCAAUCUACGAGGCUGCAUUGGUCUAUCUACAAUCCAAAGUCUCUACGAGCGCUCGUCGUCUCAGAGUCAAUAAGGCCGAGGAAGAACAGAGCUUCUCCCUCGGCAUGGAGCAUAACCAAGAGGUGAUUGACACAUUCAAUGGUGCUCAAUUUAAGUGGGCUUGGGUGCGCGAUUUGAGACACUCAACACAGUACAAUUAUCACCAUGGUAAAUCAGAGUAUCGAUAUUUUGAGCUGAGUUUUCAUUAUAAACACAGAGAAGAAGCACUUGAAUUUUACUUGCCAUUCGUGAUGAAAGAGGCUAAAGAAAAGAAGCAAGCUAAUAGGACUCUCAAGAUAUUUACUAUUGACACGGAGGAUGAUACGUGGGAAUCAGUGAAUCUUGAUCAUCCUUCCACUUUCGAGACUCUUGCAAUGGAUGUGGAGUUGAAGGAGGCGGUGAUGAGGGAUUUGGAUAUGUUUGUGAAGAGGAAAGAGAAGUAUAAGAGGAUCGGAAAGGCUUGGAAGAGAGGGUACUUGUUGUAUGGACCACCAGGGACCGGGAAGUCUAGUUUGAUUGCAGCAAUGGCUAAUUAUCUGAAGUUUAAUGUUUAUGAUUUGGAGUUGACAGAUUUGAAGUGUAACUCGGAGCUGAGGAAGCUGCUGAUUGCAACUGAGAAUCGGUCAAUUUUGGUAGUGGAGGAUAUUGAUUGCAGCAUUCAGUUGCACGACAGGGUGAGCGGAGCUAAAGCAGUAAAGCCUAAUGCAGAACAAAAAUCUGAUAAAGAAAAACAAUCCAGCAAGGUGACAUUGUCAGGUUUUCUGAAUUUCAUAGAUGGAUUAUGGUCAAGUUGCGGAGAUGAGAGAAUCAUAAUAUUUACAACGAAUCACAAAGAGAAGCUGGACCCUGCAUUGCUACGUCCUGGGAGAAUGGACAUGCACAUUCACAUGUCUUAUUGCACUCCAUGUGGCUUCAGACUUCUAGCUCAUAAUUACCUUGAGGUUAAAGAUCAUAAUCUUUUUGAAGAGAUUGAGGACUUGAUUCAAAUUACAGAGGUGACUCCUGCUGAAGUAGCUGAACAACUACUAAAGAGUGAUGAUCCUGAUGCCUCGCUUGCUAGCCUGAUUAGUUUUCUUCACACAAAGAGAAAGGACAAUGAAGAGGCAAAGGCCAUGGACAAGAAAGCAACAGAGGAGGUUGCUGAAUCAGUUUCACAGGAGGAUGACGAUGACAAAGAAGAUGACAAUGAAGAGGAAGAUAAAGAUGAAGAUGAAGAUGACGAUGACCCAGGAGGUGAUCAAAAUUGAGGAAAAGAGAAUAUUCAGACACUGGAAGUUUAAUGUGUUAGCUGUUUCCAUAUCUAUUAAGUAUUAUUCAGUUUUGUGCUACUAUUGUAAACACCUUCUUUUCCGGUCUAAACACUAUUAUUACCUA